AGAGUGUUUGAUUUGACUGCUGAUAGACGGUUCUUGAGCAAGCUUUGUUGUGUUUCGAUAAUGGUGGAGAGGGGGAGGAGGAGGAGGAAGCCGCUGGUUCUUUCUUCAACUAAAGCACUCGUUGAUUCACUGCUUCAUUCUGACAAAGCUCCUAAUGACAGCGAUGGAGUUCUCGGGAUUGCCCCAGCCACCUCCUCCUCCGCUCCGACUCUGCAGUUAGCGGCCGGAAUUCUCAGAUGUUCGGAGGAGGACAAGCCUUUCGAUUCGGUUGAUGAUUUCGUUUUGGUUGGAUUGUCUACUUCUGCGCUUAAAAGAUUAUCGAUUACUUCUGGUUCUCUGAUACUCGUCCAGAAUAUAGAUGCCAGUGUAAGUAGAAUUGGGCAAGCAGUGGUCUUGGACCCUCCCAAUUCAGAUGGCAACGUCUUGCAAUGCAGAUCAGUUUCCUCGGCUUCUCCUAAAACAAUGUUGGUCUUCCCAUCUUACACGUAUUCGAAAAGUCAGUCUACGGCUUUGGAUCAUCAAGUAGCUUAUUUAUCUCCAAUUCUCAUGUUUAACCUGAGCUUGCAUACAUCAUGCUUGAAGUCUAUCGUGCAACAAGGGAAAGACACACUCUCAUCUUUAUUUGGUGUGCAAGAAAAUGGUAAAACAAAUGGGGAAGAAAAUGAGCUAUCUUCAGUUACUAUAAGUCUUCAGCCUUGGGCAGGGAUUCCUGUGUAUGCAUCACACCUGAGGGCCUCUUUUGUGAAGAUACCAGAGUGUGGCACCCUUGGACGGCUGAAAACCCGUUCAUUCGAAGAGGCACAAGAUCGCCAAGACUUGAUAGAUUUGGCAUUGAAUGACUAUUUUUCUGUUGACAGAUUUCUUUCCAGAGGUGACCUUUUCAGUGUACGCAUAAAUUGGAACUGCAAAUCAGAGUUGUGCAUCCCUUGCAACCAAAAGAUGCAAAAUGGUGGAGACAACACGAUAUACUUUAAGGUAGUAGCUAUGGAACCAUCUGAAGAACCUGUCCUCAGAAUUAACCGCAGUCAAACUGCUCUUGUUCUUGGAGGGGGUGUUCCAUCUUCAGUACCCCCAAAACCUUUAAUUCCAGAACCAAAAAGUCCCUUCCCAUUACAAGUGGAUGCAGUGCUUUCUCUAGCUUCCAUACUUGCACCGACUUUGUGCCCAUCAGCUUUGUCAUCCAGAUUCAGGGUUGCUGUCCUUUUACAUGGUGUUCCUGGCUGUGGGAAGAGGACUGUGAUGCGAUAUGUGGCUCGUCAUUUGGGCUUGCAUGUUGUGGAAUAUAGUUGUCAAAAUUUCUUGACAUCUUCUGAAAAGAAAAUUUCUGUUGCUCUAACAGAAGCCUUCAGUCUGGCCCGGAGAUAUUGUCCAACAAUUUUGCUGCUUCGUCACUUUGAGGUUUUCCGUAAUAUAGCUGCUCAAGAGGGAUCAUCAAAUGAGCAAUUUGGAAUUAACUCAGAAGUUGCACAUGUUAUUAGGCAGUGCACGGAGCCCGUUACUGAAGAUGCUGAUGACUAUGAUGAUGCAAACUCAAUUGGUGAUUAUUUAAACAUUAGUAAAGUGAAGAAUUCGCACCCGGUGCUGUUGGUUGCAGCUGCAGACAGUUCUGAAGGCCUUCCUCCAACUAUUCGACGCUGUUUUAGUCAUGAAAUCAAGAUAGGACCUUUGAGUGAAGAGCAAAGGUUUCAAUUGCUGUCCCAGUCUUUUCAGCACGUCUCUGACCUUAUCCCAAAUAAUUCCGUGGAGGAUCUUGUAAAGGAUAUGGUUGGGCAGACUUCAGGCUUUAUGCCCAGGGAUCUGCAUGCACUGGUUGCUGAUGCUGGUGCCAAUUUGAUAUCCGAGAGACAGGGGCUAGAAGCUGGAAACAUGAAUCAUGGUCAAUCUGAGUCCGACUCAACUAAAGAUAAUAGUAAAGUGAUUGAGUCUCUCGGGUUUGGUAAAGAUAACCUAAGCAAAGCAUUGGAGCGAUCCAAGAAAAGAAAUGCAUCAGCUCUUGGCACUCCAAAGGUACCUAAUGUCAAAUGGGAAGAUGUUGGUGGGCUUGAGGAUGUGAAAAAAUCUAUCCUUGAUACCGUUCAGCUCCCUCUCUUGCAUAAGGAUUUAUUUUCAUCUGGGCUGCGCAAAAGGUCAGGUGUUCUUCUUUAUGGUCCUCCGGGGACUGGAAAAACGUUACUGGCUAAAGCUGUUGCUACAGAAUGCUCGUUGAAUUUUCUGAGCGUAAAAGGACCCGAACUGAUCAACAUGUACAUAGGAGAGUCAGAGAAGAAUGUUAGAGACAUUUUUCAGAAGGCGAGAGCUGCUCGCCCGUGCGUUAUAUUUUUUGACGAACUCGAUUCACUCGCCCCAGCCCGAGGCGCCUCUGGCGAUUCUGGUGGUGUUAUGGACAGAGUUGUUUCUCAAAUGCUUGCCGAAAUCGAUGGCCUAAAUGAUUCUAGUCAGGACUUGUUCAUAAUUGGCGCUAGCAACCGACCGGAUCUCAUCGACCCGGCCCUUCUGAGGCCCGGACGAUUCGACAAGCUCCUCUAUGUUGGUGUAAAUUCUGAGGCAUCAUAUCGGGAGAGGGUACUUAAAGCACUUACUCGGAAGUUUAAACUGCACGGCGAUGUGUCACUAUACGACAUAGCACUAAAAUGCCCGCCAAAUUUCACCGGCGCUGACAUGUACGCCCUCUGCGCCGACGCCUGGUUUCAUGCUGCGAAACGCAAGGUGUUGCUCGCUGACUCCGGUUCCGGCGUGGAAGACCAUCCCGACUCCAUUGUAGUCGAAUACGAGGAUUUUGUCGAGGUUUUGAGGGAGCUCUCUCCCUCACUAUCAAUGGCGGAAUUGAAGAAAUAUGAGAUGCUGAGGGAUCAAUUCCAAGGCUCCACAAAAUGAACACUACCAUCGGAUCAGAAUUGAUGAUGCAGGAAAGGCUAUUUAUUUUUAGAUGCCUUCCGGACCUCAAUUCUUUUGAAGACUCCGGGGAUCUGAACUCCCGGACGUCGGUCGGUAAUCCCUUACCUUGCCUCCUUUACGCGUGUUGUUUAAUAAUUGUUGACUGAGUCAACAUUUAUGGUCGUGGUGAUGGAAAAAGGAGUAAUUGUGUGUAUUAUUUUGACUAGAAAAAAAUAAGUCAACUUGUGUUAUGGGUAGGAACAGGUGCAUUGUAGUAUACACUUUACACCCACUAAAUGUGUAUAUAUAUAUAUAUAUAUA